AUUAGCCACAAUUCUAUCUUAAAAAUAAGAUGUUAGCCACAAAGAAACGCACCGUGGGGCCAACAACUUAACGGUCGAUAAUGCAAUCCAAAACCAAGCCAAACUCUCCAAACGGUGUCGUAUUACAAGCACGUUUAAUCUUUCUAUUGAUGAGUUUCUGACAAAAAUUCCACAGUCUCUCAGUUAUCUUGCAUUUGUAUUGCAAGAAAAUGAAUUUACUUCAUGCACCCAUUAAUCCUCCUAACCUUUGUUUUCAACCCUCAAAAAAUCUUCAACAUAGAAAUGGAUUAGCAUUCAGUGGAUUGAUUCAACAGCAAAGACAGUUAAAAUGUACAUGGGUAUCCCAUAAUCAAGAUAAUUUAUGUUCAAUUAAAGCAAAAGCUGCUUCUGUUGAAGCCGGGGCUCCAACUACUUCCACAACAACAGCAGAGCGUGAUGUCCUCAAAGCAUUGUCUCAAAUUAUAGAUCCCGACUUUGGGACCGACAUUGUUUCUUGUGGCUUUGUGAAAGAUCUACAAAUUGAUGAAGCUGUGGGAGAGGUGUCAUUUCGGUUGGAGCUCACCACCCCAGCCUGUCCAGUAAAGGAUAUGUUUGAGCAGGAAGCAAAUGAGGUGGUGUUAGCACUGCCUUGGGUGAGGAAAGUGAAUGUAACAAUGUCGGCCCAACCAGCCAAACCAAUUUUUGCCGGAGAUCUUCCAAAGGGCUUGCAGACAAUUUCAAACAUUGUUGCUGUUUCUAGUUGUAAAGGAGGUGUCGGUAAAUCGACUGUUGCAGUAAAUCUUGCUUACACUCUUGCCGGCAUGGGUGCUAGGGUUGGAAUUUUUGAUGCGGAUGUCUAUGGUCCAAGUUUGCCAACUAUGGUUUCACCAGAAAAUCGGCUGCUCGAAAUGAAUCCCGAGACAAAAAGCAUAAUCCCUACCGAAUACUUGGGUGUCAAACUAAUAUCAUUUGGAUUUGCUGGGCAAGGACGUGCAAUUAUGCGGGGUCCAAUGGUUUCUGGGGUUAUUAACCAGCUACUUACUACUACUGAAUGGGGAGAACUUGACUAUCUUAUUAUUGACAUGCCACCAGGGACUGGAGACAUUCAGCUAACUUUAUGCCAGGUUGUGCCAUUGACAGCAGCAGUUAUUGUUACAACUCCGCAAAAGCUAGCAUUCAUCGAUGUUGCUAAAGGCGUUCGCAUGUUUUCUAAGCUCAAGGUACCAUGCGUUGCUGUUGUAGAGAAUAUGUGUCAUUUCGACGCAGAUGGAAAGCGCUAUUAUCCUUUUGGUAGAGGCUCAGGCUCUCAGGUCGUUAGUCAGUUUGGGAUUCCUCAUCUGUUUGAGCUUCCAAUCAAGCCAGUUUUAUCUGCUUCGGGAGAUAGUGGACAACCGGAAGUGGUAGCUGAUCCACUGGGAGAGGUUGCCAAUACAUUUCAAGAGCUUGGAGUUUGUGUUGUGCAGCAGUGUGCCAAGAUUCGCCAACAAGUAUCAACUGCUGUCAGCUAUGAUAAAUCAAUAAAGGCAAUACGAGUGAAGGUACCUGAUUCAGACGAGGAGUUUCUUCUUCACCCUGCGACUGUAAGACGGAAUGAUCGAUCUGCUCAGAGUGUGGAUGAAUGGACUGGGGAGCAAAAGUUGCAAUACACUGAUAUCCCAGAAGACAUCGAACCAGAAGAUAUCCGGCCUAUGGGUAAUUAUGCUGUUGAAAUAACAUGGCCGGAUGGGUUUAACCAGAUUGCUCCAUAUGAUCAACUUCAGACCAUUGAACGAUUGAUCGAUAUGCCUCAGCCUGUACAUGCUUAAGGUUCUGAAUUAUACGAAUUAUCUCAUUUAAACGAUAGCUUUCAACAGAAUUAGAAUUGUUUUGAAGUUUUCAUAUCAAAUUGGAGUCCACAGAUGAUUAGGGAGGGUUCAUAUCCUUCACUGUGGGACACUUUUGUGGAUGUUGAGGUUCUCUUUAAUGGAGAAUUUACAGAAUAGCAAAACACCAGAUACUUGAGUGAGUACAAUACAGUGUAGAGCUACAUGUGUAUUUACAAUUCAGUUUAUA